CGCGUCUCCAGGCAACCGCCCGGGCCCGGAAGUGCGCGCCACGAGCAUGCGCGGGCGGAGGCACCUGGGCAGGUUAGGGCGGAGAGGAAGCGGCUGCCGGGCCCGCCAGGGACGCCCCGCCGCCGCCAUGAUGCGCUUCAUGCUGCUCUUCAGCCGGCAGGGGAAGCUGCGCCUCCAGAAGUGGUACCUGGCCACCUCGGACAAGGACAAGAAGAAGACGGUCCGGGAGCUGAUGCAGGUGGUGCUGGCGCGCAAGCCCAAGAUGUGCAGCUUCCUGGAAUGGCGGGACCUGAAGGUGGUCUACAAAAGGUAUGCCAGCUUGUACUUCUGCUGUGCCAUCGAGGGGCAGGACAACGAGCUGAUCACUCUGGAACUCAUCCAUCGAUACGUGGAGCUACUAGACAAAUACUUCGGCAGUGUGUGUGAACUCGACAUCAUUUUCAACUUCGAAAAAGCCUACUUCAUCCUGGACGAGUUCCUGAUGGGGGGGGAGGUGCAGGACACUUCCAAGAAAAGCGUCUUGAAGGCCAUUGAACAGGCAGACCUCCUGCAGGAGGAGGACGAGUCUCCCCGGAGUGUGUUGGAGGAGAUGGGGCUGGCGUAGUGGGGCUCCCUUCAGAACCUCAGGCCGUCUUCCCUCGCCACCCUGCCCCUCCCCUUCCUCCACUGCCCCUCAAGCUCUGCAAAUGCCGACUUAUGAGGCUCCGGCAGGUGGGCAGCCGAACUCUGCAGCCCCCCGACUCGGGGACGGGAUCCAGGGCAAUUUGCAUCAUGGUCCCGGAUGGCGGUAGUGAAAGGACCUUCUUGCGACUGCCUUCAUCGGCCAGUUGUCGGUUCCUGCCCCCUUUCGCACCUGCAGCGUUGCCUUCCGACAGAGCCCGCGGCGCCCGCCUUCUCUCCCACCCCUGGGGAGGGGCGCAUCGGGAGGCUCCGAGGUCGCCAUAGACCGGCAGCUUCCUUGCCCCCGAAGGCGGCCCUCCGGGUGCUGGAGGUGUGUGUGUGUUUCUCUGCACUCCGCCCCUGCCAGCGCUUCUCUCUGACCCAAGGAACGGGGGCAGGGAAGCUCUUCCUGGGGUUUCUGGAAUAAAAUGUGUCUGGAAUAGUC